AUGCCGUCGACGAGCGCACGAGAUGGCGACAACAAGAUCUUUGCAUGUCCCGAUGUGAGCUGCCAGAACCAUGAAGCUGUGUGCAGUGAUUGGCCGCGGUGGGCGCGGCGCAGGUUUCGGUGUCGGACCUGGCAGCAUGCAUCGAGCCCUCGCCUGGCUCGCUUAGGGCGUCAACUCGGGAGCUUACACACCCUUCAUCUCCUCGAUAGUGCGACAAGACCUUCUCCAGGCGGGAAUAUGUGAAUCGACAUGCCCGCUUGGCUCACGAAGGAGCAAGGCCGUUCCUGUGCGACGCAUGCGACACCUCGUUCGCUCGAUCGUAAGUUCCGCUCGAGCUCUGUAAUAGCCGCCGCCGUUUCUUGGAGCACCAAUCCGGGGCUUGGCUACAGCUUGAUCUUGUCUCGUUAGCGCGUGUGCCCGCAGUCGACUCACGCUCGCGUUUUUUCCAUCUUGUCCACAGUGACAUCCUCAAGCGACACAAGACGACCUGUAGCGUCAUCAAACAACUCGAGCAUGGCGCUGACCCGAACGAUCUCGGCGAAGGUGGUGCGGAUGAUCCGACUCCUCCACCCAAAAAGCGAGCUCGCCGCCAGCUCAACAAGUCCGUCCUCCAGAGCACCCACAAUGCCCACAAGUCGGUAGCGAACUCUUCUUCGGAACGUCCCGUGACGUCGACGUCCGGAUCCCCAAUCGAAACUCCGUCGCCGAUCACGGUCGCGGUCACAGCACCAGCCCCGACGAGACAUGCCGACUUGGCCGGGAUCAAGUACACAGGCGAUGUCGCCUUCGCCGACUAUGCUCCACCGAGCGUGUCGACCUCGUCGCGCUCGUCGUCUCUCUCGACUACAGCCACACCGUUCGGCAUGUCGUCGUCCGAUCUAUCUCCCUUAUCCUCUUGCGGUACAUCAUCCGGUUCCUCGGCGACGUCCCCGCAGACGCCCUUGAUGUCGACUCCAGCGAGCUCGAGUUCAAGCUUCACCCAGCCCCACGUCCACAUCCCCUUAUUCGGUCCGCCGCAACCGACUGCCGCUAUGGCGGCUUCAGCACUCUCGAGCAUGUACCUCAACCCAACCCAAUCGGCCUCAGCGAACCAGACCCUGGCACCUAACUUCUUCCGGGCCUCGCCCUUCACCCAGGACGAAAUCCUCGCCUCGGAGGUACUCGAGGAUCUACUGCGCUCACCGCCGCCCCAUCACGGCGCCUCCCCGGGUGGAUAUUUCUCCCAGCCGAUCGACUUUAUGCAACAGAGCAAGUCGUGUGCCGAGUCGCAACAACAGCCCCUGGCGACCGCGCUGGUCACGACACCGAGUUGGCUCGGCGACAAGUCGAUGACGACGACCGAAUCGGCCGAAGCGAACGACUCUUCAGGCGCUUUGGUUGGAGGGAUAGGAUGGGAGUAUGGUGGUGUACCGAUCGAUCCGCUGAAUAGCAUCGAGUUCUCACCCGAGGCGCAAGGUUUGGCCGACUACUUCAACAAGGGUGGCGUGGGAGGUAUUUCGGCGCUCGACCUAGGUUUCUACCACGAGCCGGGCCUGUGGGACCUUAACAAGAUGGAGCAGCCCGUACCGCACACCGACCGCGACCUCCAGUUCUACGUCCCUGCCCAUAAGUUCUGUCUCGCGUACCUUCAACCGUGGAACGUGCCCCCAAUCGCUCGACUGUCGCAAUUUGCUGCGAAAGCCGCCGACGAGUUCCUGCCGACGGUCCCCGUGCUCCACGCGGGAACGACCAAGCUCUCUGAGGCGCCCGUAGCGGUGACCUUUGCCUUGACCGUCGUUGGUGCCGCUUACGCUUCCGAUGGGCAAGGCUUCUCGGACGAAAUGCUCGUCGAGAAGCGCACCUUCAUCGUGCGCUCCUUCAACAAAGCCGAUGCGACGGAGGAGAGCCGUUUCACGUUUUUGCAGUCACUUCUGCUCUACCAAUUGCUCGGCCUCUUCCAUCGAGAUCAAGAGCAAAGGUUGCUCGCCAACACCUUCCACUCGGCUCUCAUCCUGAUGGUCCGCGAGCUCAACCUUCCAACGCACAUUCGGCGGACCGUUCUUCCACCCGUGAGCGCGACCGCGAUGGGCCACGAGUUGGACGAAGCUUGGAAGACGUGGGUCGAGCUCGAGACGCGUCGUCGCGUAACCUUCAUCUGCUUCCUCUGCGACCUCGAAACCGCCACGAGCUUCUCCUGCGCACCUCUACUCCCUUUUUCGGAACUCGACAGCAACCUCCCCUCUCGCGACAAAGUUUGGAACGCACAGAGCGCGAUCGCAUGGCGAGAUGCGCAACAGGAACCGGCGCCAACAAUCAAUUUCCUCCAAGCGAUCCGAGCGCUCAUCGCCCCUUCCGAACCCUCUCCUUUCUCACCCGAAGGACGCUUACUCGCCGAUCUCAAGCACCUCAGCUCGUUCCCGCUUUUAAUCCUUUCGAGAACCUUGUCCUUCUUGCAACACAAGACGGAAGAAGCCAUGAAGCAAGUCGAUCCGUUUCGCAGUCUCAUCGGUGGUUUCGGACUCCUCGACGAUCGAGAAUCCGCGAAUCGGGACGUGUUGGCUCGAAUUGCGCGAGGAAGAGCAUGGUUGAGGUCCUUACCCGGUGGAGUCAAGCGUGGAGGAGGUGAAGGAUGGUUCGAGGACGUUAUGCCGACCUCUGCCAAGAGCGCGACUAGAAGGGAGGAAACCGCCGCCGCGAUGAAGAACAACCAGCCUUCCAUUUUCGACGACAUCGAUUCCGUCGAUCAUACGGCUUUGUUCACGGACUAUGCGUCAAAUCCACGUUUUACAGCAACAGCCUCGGCUGCAAACGCGAGUUUGAGGUUCGAGCCUAUCCCUUUGUAUCUCAAAGACGAGACGUGCAAGACCAAGAUUGAGAAGCUCACGACUAAACGCGCCAAAGCGCUCGCAGCCGACUUGCCUCCAGGGUGGAUGCCCAACUUUUAG